AUGACACGUAGUAAAGCAGGGCAGAAUCCUCCCACACGAGACUCAGCAGACGUACCCGUCCAUGAAGCCACACCAGUGAUUAGGGAUGGGCCAGAAGGAUAUUCCGAGGACGGGUCAAUCAGACGGUCUGAGAAAGACAAAAUCAAGGAACCGUCUGCAGACUCUGCAAAUACGUCGGGCAAAAGUAAAGCUAAGAGUUACAGGGGACAAGACACUGUGACGGGCAGAUUUGGAUCGGGCAAAAGGACCAGCCCGGACUCGCCCAGAACGAUCAAAGACAAUCUCGCCCUCAGCUCAUCGCGAUUUGGCUCUCCGUUCGCAUAUCCAUCUUACCAGAACCAGCAUGAUUUUUUCAAGGGGCUUCUCCCCGAAAGCACGUGUAUUGUAUUCGACCAAGUCGUUGCCGAAGCGUCAACCCUAAGAGAGCGCCUAUUGGCAGGUGGUGCUCUCACGAAUGAUGGUAGCAACGGCCAAUUUUGCGUCCUCAAGGAACGCGAGUUCCCUAGCAUAAAUUCCGACUCUAGCAAAGAAAGCAAACACGACGACUCGAAGUUGCAAUUCUACUGCUUUGGACCUAGUGGUGAUGACGAAUUGGAGCUUCCUCUGUUUGUUGACCCUUCAGCUGCAGCCAAUCGUCGGACUUACGUUGUUGGGGAUAAUUUUGUCGACUCCAUCGACUCGAGCGAUCCUUCAUCCACGACAAGCGAAAGUUCCAAAGCUGGCAAGAGUCUCGAGGCUCGCCGCGUCAGGAACUCCAAAACCGGCGAGGUUGAAUACUUCGUUGUGAACAAUGGCUUGGAUAUUUUCUCCAUUAACGGCAUAGAUGUGGGCCCUACCACGAGAGCUGGACCUCUUCCAGACUUUGCGGUACUCGAACAUGGACACUUUUCUAUCUUUUGGUGGCGCACGGCUGCUGCCUUGGACUAUAUACCAAGUCACAAACGCAAACGCCAGUCUGAGCACAGCGACGGAGAAUCAUUUAGAAAGGCCUUCAAAGGCGCUACCGACCCUUCGCACAAUUCGCAAGUGUUUCCAGAGUCGAAAAGUUGGCUCGAUGAAUAUCGUCGCCGCGUAGAGUUAUGUGAAGAAAGGCCUAUUAAGUACACAUCUUCAAUAACAGAUCUCCAUCCACCGCACCAGCAAAGAGACGACGAAAUGCGCGACAUCGACGUCAUACUUGCCAUUGGCGCCGUUUGGCUCGGCCUGAUGAAUGCGAAUAUUGAUUUUGCAUAUGCUAAUUCAGAUCUAUUUUCCUUCGCGCGGAGCAUGCGAAUGGUCGGGAUGCAUGCUAUCAAAGGGACUAAUCCUUUCCUCAUGCCCUUGAUCUUCAGCAAGGAGUUAGAAGCCCUGUCCCCUGAAUUAGGCGAAGAUACAGCAGAGCCCCUAGAGCCCGUAUUCAGCGUGUUUCAACGAGGCGAAGAGCAGAAGAACCAAGAGAACGUUGUUGCAGCCAAAAAAGCACAGCAGAAAGAUCCUGGCAACAAGAAUAAGCCCCCGCUCUCACUCGAGGAUCAAAAUAUGGAGAAUAAAAGGUACAAGGGUGACAUCGGCCACUUCGUACUAGCCAUUGCCGAGAAGGUCAAUAGGGAUGGGCCCAAUACCAUCAAGGAUAUUCAGAUGAAGAAAGCUCUCGUGCGAUUGAGAUUUAUGGAUAGCGCCGAAGGACUUUUAGACAAAGGAUUGAUUCGACGUGUCGCAAGAAAUAUUGUCAGAAAUGCAGGGUGGCUUGGCGACAUCUGGCCUUCCUUCGAUCCGAAUGAGGAAGACUGGGUGGACGUACUUGGACAGUCAGUGAACAGGUGCGGGGAGCAUACCGUUUUGAAUGCAUGGGCUUACAUGCUUGAAAUUCCACUGGCUACGACGCGAAAAGGAGCAUUAGCAAAAGCGUCUUAUGAAGACAUAAGACGAAUGAUUGGCCUAGCGCUUCGAGGGCAGCUUGACAGCUUGACUAUCCGAGCCUGGAUGCAGCAUUACAAGUUUGCAAUCGGUGAGCCUUUGUCUCGGCUUCAGCAAACCCAGAAACAGAACCCGGAUUUGCCGAACAAACUUCGGUACAUGCAGACUGUAGCAUUGAAUGAAAAGGCUUUCAAUGAGAUCGUUGAUGAUAUGCACACGCAGGAACAGGCUGCUAAUCGAGAUCAUGCAAGGAUUUGGGGCGCUGUAUCCGUACCACCAGGAUGCGCCACGACCCAGCAAUCAGGGCAUGCUCCUGAGGUCGCGACCGGACUCACAUUGCCACUUCCUGGUCAAGGUUCAGCUGCAGGUUCUUCAGACAUCUGCGGUGGUUCAGAUAGUUCCUCAGGUUCUUCAGACGCUUCCGGUGAUUCAGGUAGUUCCUCGGGUUCUGCGGACACACCUCCACCACCACCGGCUUCUCUUCAAACCCCAGGAACCUGGAAGGAAAGCUUGGUCCGAGGUCUCGCUAGUCACAAAGCCUUGAGAGCGAAGAACCCCCGGACUACCAAAGGCGCGCUGAAAGACGCUACAAUCAUAAGGGACCCCUCAAACAUGGCCGAUUACGAGGUAAUACUUGGCAUAGCGCCCAUUUGGGAAAGUCUCAAGCGUCUCAGGCGUGCAGACUUCGAUUUCACUUAUGCUGGGAUGGACAUUUUCUCGCCUGGGGGUAAACAGGAAGAAGUUGGCGCAGUUGGAGGGUGGAGCAGAUUCAUCAUGCCGUUGUUCUUUUCUUCCACAACAUCUGAAGCGCUUGAGGAUCAAGUCAAGGGCCAAGAGAGAAUCCACCCUGCUGGCCAUCUUCUGCUCUGUGUGGCUGAGUUGGUUGACGCCCGUCCGAUGACAGUUCAAUUACGAAUAUUUGACAGUAGAAGGGGAACGGUAACAGAGGAACAGAUUGCGCUAAGCGCUGAAGAAAUCAUCAAUCAUUCUCGCUGGCUUGGUUCGGCUGGACCUGGGAUUCAGGUCUUAUACAGACCCUGCAUCUGGAACCGAGUCCCUCAACAGGUGGGUAUCAAUACCUGUGGACUGCAUGUCAUCUUCAAUGCUUGGGCAACCAUGCUUGGGAUCCCCAUACAUCCGGAAAUUUUGCGCCGGGGGCGAUCCCGCGAAGAAGAGAACGAUGCCACCGACCAAAAUUUUUUAGCACAAGGUCUCGAAAUCGUCAAUCUUGCCCUCGAGGGCUUCAUGGAUUCGACCACCAUACAAGCCUUCUUCAACGUCUACGGCUACUGCGUCGAGCAACGCUUUCGCGAUCCUGCACGUUCCGUCAUAUCAGUCGAUGCAAUCGGAAUGAACCAGGACAAGUUCGGCCGCACCCUGCGGAAAAGAGUCUGGAGCAGCAAACUUGAGUACGCGGGGGCUAUAAAGGAGACGUUUCCGGAUGCAACUAUGGCGGGAUUGAUGGCGCAAGGGUUGAGUAGGGACCAAGCGUGGACGGCUCUGGCGAUCGCUGGUGGGAACUCGGAUGGGGCUUUCCACUGGCACUAUGCACAGGAUGUUGCUGGAGAGCUGCCGAAGCCUGAGGAAGCGUUGUCGCCGAAGACGCCGGAUUGGGGGCGAGAAUCUUGA